AUGGCAGGAGCAGCAGCAACAGCAGCAGGAGGACUAUUUAACGCAUUUGCAUUUGCUGGAGCAGGAUACCUAUUUAAGAUGUUUGAUAAGAACGGAUAUGCUAAGGAAGCCCAUAGACAUAACAUUGCAAUGGAGAACCUAACAGCUGAAAGAGAGAAGUACCUUGAAGAAGUCACUGAUAGGAGAAACAGACUUGCCCAAUUAAGGUUAGAACUAGCUGAGGCAAAUAGGGAUAUUAAUGCAACAAAUAAAUCACUGGAACUCGUUAGAAGAAUCAAUGAGUUAACACGUACGGCUAUGCCGAGGAGGCCGCAGUUAAGCAAUCACUACAAACCUAGCUUCGAGAUGGAAGAAUAUAUGGCAAUCUUCGGUUUAAUUAUAGGUGGGGUGGUUGGAGGGGCAGCUUACUUAAUUCUAUAAAAAAUACAGCAAUUUUCUUUUACAUAUAUAAUAUAGAGAAAUGGAUUGGCUUGCAAUGGUAGACGUUGACGAAGUGGUGGCCUUGGGAAAAAGGGUGGACACCAUAGAAGAACUAGAGGCCGCAGUCAAAAAAUAUGUGGAAUGGCGAAUAAUAAGGAGACGUAAAAAUAAACCACAAAAACAAGCAGAAAAUUUUAACACAUAUAGUAUAGGGGAUGGAAUGGCUGACACUGGUAACACCUGA